AUGUCGGGCACAAAACAAUCGCAGAGUCCUCAGGACAGCCCAGCUACUAAGACAUCACGGGGUGUGAUGAACUGCAAGCCAUGUCAAGUUCGCAAGAUCAAAUGCGACAGAGCGUUACCAGCGUGUGGAGUCUGUCAACUCUAUCAGAGGUCAUGUUUCUAUGAGGGUGUUCCGAAAAAGCGAGGUCCCAAGAAAGAGUCGCUGAGUGCUUUGAUCAAACGAAUCGAUGGCCUCGAAGAGCUCCUCAAAUCCGACAAGACCCCAACUCCGCCUGGUUCCGAUGCUAUUCCAGCCGAUUUCAACGAACUGCAUGUCUACAGCAACAACAGUGCCGAUCCUUGUGGCUCUGCAUCAUCAGAUGUUUCUCCCUACAGUGCUUUUCACGAGGGAAGCUUUGGGGCCAAUAAUGAAUUCCCCUUCAUUAUCAAUGCAGAAGGCUUAGUGGACACCUACUUUACGCACUUUCACCGCAAUCCGUACCGUAUCCUUGACGAGGAGGCCAUCAGACAGAAGCUGAAGAACAACAAGAUGCCAAAGUCGUUGCUGUACGCCAUCUGUGCAGUGUCAACUAGAUUUUCAGAACAGCCCGGUAGAGGGCCAAGCAGCCAUGUUUCCGCAGAAACGUACGCCUCUUGGGCUCUCAAGGACAUAGACUUAGGAGACACUACAAUCGAAAACUGCCAGGCUUUGCUGUUGCUAGUGACAGCUUUUGCGGCAAUGGGGAACGGCCGUAAAGCCUACAGCGUACUUUCUCAAGCUGUGGCCGUAGUCCUGGCGCUCGAGUUGUACCAUGGAUCAGAACAACACGACGAUUACAACCAUACACAGGGCAAGAUGAGGAGAAGGUUAUUUUGCACCUGCUACGUGAUGAAUGUUUUCGUAUCAACAUGGCUCGAGAGACCCUCACUCAUUGACGAUGCCCUCGUCAAGACAACUAUCCAGUCGUCCAGACAAGCCUCGCCGGCUGGCUGGCCACCAAACAACGAGUGCUCUCUGACGGUCGAAUGCGAGCCACCAGGAGAACGCGCAGACAACCCAGACAACGGGCUACAGAAGAUGGUAUGGGUCGCCCACAUCCUUUCCGACGCCAACAGAUACCUACUCGUCACAAACCCAACAACACAAGCAGCAUUCGCACAUCGCCACAAGAUCCGGCAUGAUCUCGACCAAUGGGCGGCGGAAAUCAGCCGCAACCCGGACUACCUGUACCAAGACCCGAGAGGAGCAGAAGCAAACACGAUGCUCGAGUGCCAAAUCAUCUACCACCUGGUGCACUGCCUCAUCUACCGCCCGCUUCUCCCAUUGCACCUCAGCGAGCCGGCCGGGGCCAUGAUGAUACAACACUGGGUGAUCGAGGCAACGGAAGUUGCCUUCCGACACGCCACGGCAAUCAUUGAGCUCAUAGACCACGCCAUGCAGACAAAGUUGGUGGAACUCCCGGCGUUCAUUUCCUUUUGCAUCUUCACGGCUGGAACGAUUCACAUCCACGGGAUGCACUAUACCAACGACCGCCAAGACCAAGGAGCCGGCAUCGGGCUUCCUUCGUUCGCCAGUUCUCCGAUGGCAGCAGAGACUUUUGCGUCUUCUUCGGAACUCGUCAACAAGUGCUUGUAUCAACUCUCGGCUAUUGGCAACGAGGUCGAAUCUUCUCGAUCGUCUAGAGCGUUCCUCGAAGAGCUCACGAAUGAGCAUGCAAAGUUAUUAGGGAAGGGUGCAGCUGGCUACAUCCCCACGCAAACGAACAAGUUCUUCAACAGAUACCCCGUCGAAUUGCGCCAGCGAAUCCAAGGCUUUCAUUUCGGUUCACUGCCACCGAGCAUGUUCACACAGUCAUAUCCAUCAGAAACUCCCGAGGGUGGUCUCAGGAAAACAGGAGGAAUUCCACCGGGACCGUGGGGCCCGAACCCGAGCCACACCGGCGUCAAGGUUCCAGUCAUGGCGACAAGCACCAGUAUGGGGCAGCGAAUGGGAUCAACCCAAGGUCAUUCACGGUCCUACUCAGAUAGCACUCCCAUGACGCAAACAUACUCAUUCGCAACAAACGCACCCGUCUCUCAGAGGCCAUUGCCAGCUUGGCCGGGAUUUCAAGACGCGACGCCGAGGCAGAUUAUCAAUACCCACAGCACACCGAUGCUUGGCCCCCCAACUUCAUCCCAGCUCACUUCGCCAAUAUCCCAACAAGGACCAACUACCUUAGAGCGGAGCAAUUGGAGCGGCGCGGAAGGGUUCGGAGGAGGUGCAGAUGAGCCACUUACUUAUGACAUUGUCCCCAGCGCUGGCACUACGGCAGGUCCGAUGUAUCAGGCAGAAGGCACAUUUGUACAAUAUCAAAACUUCUCUGUAUUAUAG